AUGGGGCUGGAGACGGAGAAGGUGGACACCCGCAUCUUCAUGGACGACGACGACAACUUCCCGCGGAGCGGCGGCCCCGCGCUGUCGGAGGCGGAGAAGUGCGCGGAGGACGAGCUGGACCGCGACCCCCACGGGCUGAACUCCCACCUGCAGCUGGGGUUCGAGGAUGUGAUCGCGGAGCCCGAGCUCACCCACUCCUUCGACAAGGUCUGGAUCUGCAGCCACGCUCUGUUUGAGCUCAGCAAGUACGUGAUCUACAAGGUCCUGACUCUGGUCCUCGCCAUACCCCUGGCCCUGGUUGUGGGGAUCGUCUUCGCCACGCUCAGCUGUCUCCACAUCUGGGUUGUGGUGCCUUUUGUGAAAACCUGUCUCAUGGUGCUGCCUUCAGUGCAAACUGUGUGGAAGAGCCUGACAGAUGUUUUUGUUGUGCCGUUCUUUCAGAGCCUAGGCCGGUGCUUUGCCCUAGUUAAUAUACGCCUGGACCAAGAGUAA